AUGUCCAGCACAGCAGUGACACCGACAGGCCGGACUCUGGGCUGGAAUAUUCAUUUCCUGGUCGGUAGAGGCCGUGGCCAUUUCGCUGGGCUCUUCCGCCCAUCGGAUAGCGAUCUGGUGAGAUUCCGUGAUGUCGUCGAUGAGUUACGCCUCUGCUUUGAGUUCCCCGGUUCCACGCCCCACCGUGUGAGCUCAUGCCCAGCCUUCUUCUGGGAAGAAGGCCUCCACCUUCCUGUGCUUAGUCUCUCGACACCUGACAUUCGUCGACCAAAUGUCUUGAGCUUCCGCAUCGUCCGUCAUGUACCCUGCAACCUGCCUUCAAAUUCCUCACUGAAUAGACAUCUCGAAACAAAAUGUGGCCAGCACAUCCCCCAGCCCGUCCGCCGGCACGAACCCCGCUCCCUCCUGCCCGAGAAGCCAUCUGCCGAUCCCCGACACGCAAUAAUGCCUCUUCGAAAGACUCUCAAGGGCAAGAGCAGGUCUGCUCCCCCCCCCCCGAAGCAUACCGUGUCUGGCUCCGUGUCUCCGACAAGGGAUGGUUCGGCCGAUGCAGACGAGGAGGACAUCACUGGCAUGGUUGCGCCGCCGACUAUGACUCUUGCACUUGACUACGCAAAGAGCACUGUGACCAAAUUUCGGUCCUCGUGUCUUCAAGCGUCCAAUGUCUGCGCUGUGUCUGGCAAGGGACAAUCAUGCAGCACUACCACCUUUACCCCGAUCAUGAAGUCGAGGAUGAUGCAUGCUUAG